UUGUGCCUGGCUGAGCCGAACCAAACCACAGGCCUGCAGGCAGCUCAUUGCAGAGAGCUCACCAGGCAGAACCAAGCCCAGGGAAGGCUGCCAAACACUGGGUGUCUCGCUGGCUGGAUAGACCAGUAGCAGGGCCAUGAAAAUGUCAGUGCAGGCAGGCUGAGCCCAGAACCUGGCCAGACCUGAGGAGAUUGCUGAGAUGGGCCCCGGCUGGGUGCUUGAAGAAGGCAGUGCCGCGGGGGAGAAGCCUUUGAGCUACAGCCCCAUACCAGGGCCGUGAUAAGAACUCGGGACUGUAUACCCCGGAAGUGGGGACUGCGUGUGCGGCUCGGCCGGAGACUGAGCUGCCGAAGACCAGCCGAGAGAGCCAGUGGCAGCUUGCAAGAGGCAGCUGCCACCCUGAUCCGAUCAGUGAUCAAUCCCCUGGCUGGAGACGUGGCUGCAUCACAGACCCCAGCGCCGAUCUGCUGCUUCCCCAUCACCAUGGAGGCUUCUCUUGUCGUCUGCAUCCUCGCUGCUCUCCUGGCUACGGGGUCCUGCCUGCAGUGUGAGGUUUGCGAAGGGCAAGGAACCAGCUGCACGGGCACCAUGAAGACCUGCCCAGCUGGGCUGGACUCUUGUGCCAUCUCUCUCACAAUGACUACAUUGGCGGGAGUGAACACCCAGCGCAUUCACAAGGGCUGUGUGAUGUCCAGCCAAUGUAGAGCCGGCCCCAUCUCUAUGAAUUUGGGGCAGGGAAUGACAACAAGGAUGGGCGUCGCCUGCUGUGUGGGAGACGCCUGCAGAACAACCACCAUUACAGUGCCCCCGGCUGACACCAAACCCAAUGGCCACCGCUGCCCAGCCUGCUAUGUGAUGAAUGCUGGUCAAUGCAAUGAACAAAUCAUAGAAUGUACUGGAUCUGAGACCCGAUGUCUUGAUGCUGCUGGAACCAUAACAAGUGGUCGAAACCCUGUGCAGAUGGUCAUGAAGGGCUGUGUUUCCCAGUCCAUCUGCAACCAGCUACAAGUGGGUUCGGGAACUGUCGCAGGGAUCAAUGCAAGUUUAACCAUGGCCGAAUGCAAAGAGACCUAUGGUCCGGCAGGCGGGGCACCAGGAGCAGCCGGGCUCCUCCUCCCAGCCCUCGCCGGGCUCCUCCUGCUGAAUCUUCUCUCCUGAAUCCCCACCUGGUGCAAUGGUCACAUCACCCUGCAGCCUGCGUUAGCCCCUCUCCCCACCAGGGCUUCCCGGCUCCCGGGUGGACUCGCAUCCCCUUUGUAUGGUGCUGAAUAAAACACGCUGGAGAGCAAACUCUG